AUUUAUAAAGUUAAUUUACACACCAACAGACGGCUUCGACAUGAAGUAAAAACCUGUGGUAUUCAUCGGAGGCCCUUCUUUCGACCACUGUGUCAGUUUGAAUCAUGUGUCGCUCGUUAACGUUAAAUCGCAUCCGACUCUGGAGACGCACUGGUCCUACAAAUCAGCCCCGCUAGUCAGUACACGGGGCGCUAACCAGCUCCACGUUAGGCUAACAGCGCUGUUUAUACGCUCGAGAAUAGACCGUUAGCAUCCGCAAUUAAGCUUUAGCUGACAUUUUUCUAGCUUCCACUGGUUGUCCCGCUGUCUCUCUUGUGAUUCGUGUAACGGGGCGGAGGCGCUUUGUGUGUGUGUCCGCCGCUGGUGAUCUAUUUCGGGGAGCUUAUGAGCAGGAUUCCCGUAACGGUAACAACUGGCUAGCAGCCGCCAUUGGUUACUGUCACUUUGGUCAAGGAUGUAUCAUACUCAACACGCCUUUUAACGUGUAGCUGUUAUGUUCUUACGCUUUAAUUCUGUCAUAAUUGUGUCUGAAUCAUCCCAAAGAAUGUAGGUAUUUUCACACCUUGGUGCUACUGUUAUGUCCUAGUGUCCUUAAUAAAUCAACUUUUUUUUUUUUUUAAAGGAAUCUCCCUAAUGUGAGCAAUGUUAUGAGUGAUCAGGCAAAAAGAGAUGGUCUCCCCUGUAAUUGCAUGAGAGGGAGUAUUGGUUAAUUAUUGUCUGACUUGUAUCAGCAGGUUCAGAGCUGCACAUUGAUUCACCCCAAACAGACUCGCAGGAAUCAUGGGGAGUGUGUUCCUGCCGGCGGACGCGGCCCACUCAGUGCUGCGCCGGCUGCGCAGGGCCAACUUCUUGCUGGAGGAGAUGAAGCAGGGUGACAUUCAGAGGGAGUGCCGUGAGGAGAUCUGCACCUAUGAGGAAGCCCGCGAGGCUUUCGAGAACGACGAAAAGACGAGACGGUUCUGGGAAGAAUAUGUGCGUGAGAGCAGUCCAUCCGGAGGGCUGGAGACGGUGGUGGGAGGAGUCCACUCUCUGUACUUGAUCGUGCCGUUGCUGCUGGUCGUGCUCAUCAUCGCCGCCGUAGCCGUCACUGUGUGGCGCUGCCACUCCCGCAAGCGCUCGCAGCGCAGCCCCAACCUGGGCCACUCUCAUCACGACCACGUCUUGUCAGUGGUCUCUAUGGACCAUUGGGGGAGGGAUUACCACCACGGGGACCAAUCAGAACUCAGCGUCCACAGCAGCCCGGCUUAUCCGGGCUCAGAGCUCACAUCGGGGAGAGGAAGCGCUGGAGACCCGCCACCCUCUUACGAGGAGGCUGUGGGCCAUUCAGACGUCCAAAUAGAGACGGAGCCACCCCCACAGUAUGAGGAUAUAGUCAACACCAGCGCUUCUGGUGGUCAUGCGAAGUAAACCUGCCUCUCACUACCACCCCAACAAAAAAGCCCGAACCUCCACUAAGACCAUCCGAUCAUUUAGCAGCGUCACUAUUGUGGUAUCACGAGCCUUCCUCAUUCAACACAUAAAGAAACACUUUUUACUCUCUGGUCAAUGGACUAAUGCAAUGUUUGCCGGACCCAGCGCUGUUGAAAUUUGCACUAACUUUUCAUCAAUGAGGUGAAGUGAUAGCAGGAAGGAUAUAUUGCAAUACCAAAACCUACCAGCUCUGUUGAUCUUCCUCAAGUUGCAUCUACGCUGUCACACUGUAGCAAACGAUUGGACUCAGCAGGCGUAACAUAUGUUGCACGUGGCGUGAAGAAACGUGGGUUCUGAUUGCCACGAUGGAGGACUAUUCCAAAAGUGGAUGUGAGGGUUGGAUCCGUGCUUUUUUUUUGAAGGUUGUUGCCAAUUUCCGAGGCUUAAGUGGCCUGUAGCAGAUAUUUAGAUAAAACUAUUCAAAUGUACCUAUUUGUUUAUUGUGUAUAUUGCAGACUUGGCAAGAAUAUUGCUUUGCGAGAUUCAGAAACAGCAUUUAGGCCACAAACCAGCAAUUCCAGGGAAACCCAGACAAGUUAACAUUGCAUGAAGCGAUUGCUGACCACCAUGAGCGGAAAGAGGAAAACAUGGUCAAAAUCAAGCUUGUGAUUUAUGUCUAACCUAGAGAUGGGCGGAUGAUACUGAAGAGCAAUUUCAAUACAUUGGAUCCAAGCUUGUGACUCAUGACGUUCAAAGCUUCAAACUACCCCGAUGCUCCAGAAAAUGAAUUUUCAAUUUGACAGUUUUGAAAAUUUAGCAGCUGAACUGUGUUACUCUGCUCAGAAGAGAGGGGCAUAACUGAGAAAUGUGGCACCGUACACUAGAAGGACGUCAGCACAUGUAUGAGAGCAUUUCCAUCUAAUACCUAGUAAUAAUGUAAAAAGGCUAAUGGGCCAAUUUAAAAUGAAGAUCAGUCUCUAAACACAACACAUUGUGAUUUAUGAAAGUUCAGAUAAAUAUCAACCAUGAAGUAAACACAUGAGCCCGCAUUGGACACCUAGAGUACACUAAUAAGGCGCAUUUAUAUUUGAUGUCAACAACAUACUUUAUAUCUAGGAUUGUUGGACAAUACAUUUAUUUAUUAGUUAACUGUAACAUUGCUCAUUGCUCAUUGGCUGCAAUGUUAUCUAAAAGUGCUUGUUUUUGCCACUGACCGGUUGUGAUUGUUACUUGAAGUGUCUGACAUAUUGGAAAGAGUCUCAUUGAGGUUCAUUGAUUCUGAAGUCUGGAGCAGGGACAUGUUACCGGGAAGACAAAUAUGGAAACACAAGUGCCAGCCAGGCAGAGUUUGUUGUUUUGGAGUUCAGAAAGAGUAGCUUAGUGAAAUCCAAAAGACUUUCAAUGUCAUGUCUGGAUAUUUAGGUGAUUUUGACAAUGUGGAGGAGGUCUUUGAAUUUGAGAGAGGGACAACAGGCAGAGGAGUGUGAACCAGCUGGUGGUGUUCUGUGACCCUUUGCCCACAGGGGAAGAAUGCUGUAAAGAGAGACCUGUUGCUGCCCGACAUUCAGAACAAGACUUCUUCUUGAGCGAGACUUUGACCGGAUAACAAACAGACCGGAUCAAGCGAAAGAUUAAGAAAUAAAUUUGUAUUCUCUAUACACUAUAUACAAUAUGAGCCCGUCGGUGGCAAAAACAAGCACUUUUACACGUUACAAGCUUUGAAUCUUCAUUAGGCUCCACCCACCCAUCUCUAGUCUAACCUGUGAGCAAACGGUUAUCUACUCACCAAGCUGACGCAGAGCAUGCCGCUGUACUUUCAUCCCACCAGCUAACUUGAGUCCAAUAUAUACUCGUUAACUCUGGUUUGGUGACUGACUAAUGAGAGAUAAUCUGGGUCUUUAGCUUGCUAAAUACAAAAAAAAAAAAAUCUGACUUUUUGGCGGUUUUGUGCAGGGUAGUAGUGGUGCUGGGCUUGUUGACUGUAAAUAGUAAAUACAAUUUAAUGUAAGUUUUAUUAUGGGGGUCAAAGGGAGCAUUGAGACCCAAGCAUUUAGUAAGUGAUCAGGUGGAACCAAACUGUACAGCUGCAAAGUUGGGUGUUAAUUGACUUUUCCACAUUACAAUCUGUAAUUUGAUUUAUUUUUGAUAUCAAUAAUAUCACUCAACGCAGGUUUAAAUAGUCAAGUUGCCAAACUAAUGCAUCGGUCCAACUUCAGUAUACACUUGUGAAUGUUUUUUGAGUUUAAUAUUUAAGAUAAGACCAGCAGUAAAGUGCGGGGGGGCUGAAAUGUGAUUUGUGUAAAUGUGUCCUAUGUGCUUAUAUUUUGGUCAUGCAUGUAGCUUAGUCUGUACACCUGAGGUUGGAUCUGGCUCUGCACUGUUGGUUGAUGGCCAGUGCUUGCUGGCCACGUGUUCUUCUGCUGGGCUGCUUUUACUGUGAAAAUCUCUUCCUAUUCUUUCCCUUAAUGCAAGUGUGACCGUGUUGGAAAUGACUACAGAGUCUUCUGCUGUGCCACUGUCACUAAAAGCACACUGAGUGAAUAGAUGUAAGUUGUGGAGUGAAUUGCACAGGGAUGUGGGACAGGAAGCCAUAGAAACACAAGCUUUGGGGGAAAAAAGGGAGAUUCUGUAUUUAACAACACUGGACAGAGUUCAAGUUUAGCAUGUGUUAUGUACCUGUAUAUGAAUAUGUAUAGUCUUUACGUGUGAAAGUGAGAUUGUUUUUUUUUUUUUUUUACUGCAUAGGUGUGCAGCAGAUGCAUUGCCAUUAGUUUAAUAGUAUACAGCAGGAUGUGGAUAAAUGAAGGCACUUUGUGUUGAAGCGUGACUGUUAGAUGGAAACUAGGACAGUCUAGUUUGACGUCUGUAGCUUCACUCUCAGCCAUUACGAUGUCACUGUAAACCUAAAAAAAAGUUCUCAUGCUCUAUAUGCAAUUUUUCCUGCAUACACUCUAAAAACCAAAAAAUAUCUGUCUGAUGUUCACAGAUCUCCUGUUCACACCUCACAGGUGAGCACUGAUUAUUGUACUUUGUGAGUUGGCCGGUGAACCUCAGCACUAUGACGUUGAGUUGUACUGUUACUUGCAGAGCUCUUUUUUUUUUAUUUUUACAAUGCCUUAUCAAACAAACAAAAUGUUAUUUAACAUUAAAUGCAAGAUAACUUGUUAUAAAUCCUUUAUGUGCAGAAGCUUGAAUUAAUUUGUAAUAAAAGUGCUACAUGUUGCUUUCAUUUCAUUCGGUGUUGUAUGAAUGUGUUUCGUGCGUUUAAACGUUCCCUGCUGGACUCACCCAAAGAUCCACAGGAUGCCUGGAGGGUCUUUAAGAGUAUAAACACUGAACGAAUUGAUUCAGUGACAAUUUAGGCCCUUAAAAUAGUCUUGAAUAUCAAUGUCAAGGUAGUACAUUUUGUAGCUUGUUUUCAUUUUGUAACCGUCCAAAAAGGUUGUUUGCUGAGGUUUGCGUUUAAUCGUGUAGGCACGUACUGAUUUUAUGUGUAGUUUAUUUAUGGAUCCUGAGAGAUUUGGCAUCAUCUGAAAAGGAAAACCGUACUAUACGAUGACAUUUUAAAUGACAUACUAUACUAUGACUACAUGUUUUUUUUUUUUUUUAAGACAGUAUAUUAUAACAGUUUAUGACAGUUUACCCUGACCUUUUCUUUUUUUAUUGCACACUAUGGACAUUUUCAUGGCAUACAAUUCUGACAUUUUUAAUUAAAUUUUUGUGACACUUUUCAUGACAUACUAUUCUAAAGCAUUUUUUAUGAUACUUUCACUUGCAUGCUAUACUGUAACUUUUGUUACGAGAUUUAUAGUGUAUACUCUUGGAUUUUUUUGGUUAGACAUACUAAAGCAUUACCUUUUUUGCCAUAAAGUUUUCAAUUACUUUUCUUUUUUUUUUUUUUUUUUUUUACAACUCUUGACAUACUAUUGCUUUUUUGGACACACAAAAGCAUGACCCUUUAUUGAUGAACCAAGCAAUUACCAAACCAUUACCAAACAUGCUAUUUCAUGGCAUAUUUUUCAACAUACUAUUCUGUGACUUUUUCAUGAUAUUCUGUACUUUAACAUUUUAUUUCAUACUGUACAUAACAUGACAUAACUUACUCUGACUUUGAUACAGCGACAUGGUUCAUGACAUGCUAUCAU